AUGCCCGUUAACUCGGGUGGACCGAUACCGCGCCACACCGCGCCGAGCCCGCCGUUCGAGCGCGAGGGGUGCCCGCGGGACACACCCCCAAAGCCCUCAUCAAUGCGUCCGGACGCCGUCGUCGUCGCCUCGCGCACGAGGUCACGGGUCAUGGAAUCCCCGUCGAACCCCAAACCCAAGGUGAAGGCGCUCAAGGGUAAGCCGUCGCUCGUGCGAGGCAUCAUAUUCGACGACGGAGCGGUGAAGUGCACGUUCAGCGACCUAUCCAGCAUCGUGCUCGACCCCACCGGCCAGUACUUCACCGCGCACGAUGCGUCGGGGGAGACGGCGCGGCAGCUGAGCGAGUUUGCGAUCUCGCGUUUCGCCCCACGUCUCAGGGCUUCUCUCGAGUUUCGCAACACGCACGUGGAGGUUCCUUACUGUCCGCCGUGCGUCACCAAGCCCGCGGCGUCCGAGGUACCGCCGCGGUCAUUCAGGGUUGGGAGGAAGAUACUGCACGCGCGUUGGAGCGAGAGCGCGGCGGAGGCCGAGGCUGGGGGUCACCUGACCAGACUCGACGGCGGUGGGGUCGCUCUGGAGUCCAUCGACGGCAUCGCUCGGGUGGUGCUCUCCGCCCACGGACUCAUGGCGCACGUCACCUUCCCGGUGUUGUUUGCGACGCGCCAAUCGGACAACGGAACGGGCACCAAGUGCGACUACGUCUGGCAGACGCAGACCUUCUGCGCCGACACAGCGCCUACGCGGUGGUCCUACCCCAUCGACCUCCUCACCGACGUGUUGAACGCGGGCGAGGACGAGGACGAGACGAUGACGGGCGAGGAUGAGACGACGACGGGUUCGGGCUCGGCGAUUGGUUUAGGGUCCAAGUGGUAUCCAAGUGGAUCGGUCACCGUUCUCCCGGAAACCCCCUCGCGGUCGGCUGGCGAUGACGAGCCGACUUCGUCCAGUCGCGUCUGGUUGAACGAGGGGGACGAGCGUUGGUGGGCCGAACCCGACGUGGACGGGUUCCCCUCGGCGACCGGCCGCGCGCCCGUCGUCGAGCUGGCGGAAGGGACGGUGAUGUGGGCGGUGAAGGCGUCUCGCUCGAGGUGCGGCGCCGUGCCUUGGAUCACGACGCAGCGGAUGGAGGCGCUCGCCAACAUGGAGGACGGCUCCGCGCUCGUCACCACCAAGGGCGGGUCUUGCGUGAUGUACGUCGCCGACGAGCGCGGCGGCCGGGCGAACGCGGCGCUGUACCUUUCGGAAGCCGUCCCCGAGACGGUUGCCGGCGCGGGCGGGUACCGCGGGCGGGUGUUCCGCGCGACCGGGCUGCCGGUUCCCGAGGGCGUCGACGCGACCGAGGGGAUUGACGAGUACGGAAGGUUCGCGCCCAUGUUGGCCGUGGGAAAGGUUCCGAUCGGGAAGGUUACCCCGAGGCUCGUGGCGUUUCGGACGGCUGCGGAGUUUGUCGGCGACGUAUGGGCGCCUCAUUCGAUGGAGGUUGUGGAGGAAUUAAGAGCCGAUGGCGACGGCUGGUAUACCGCGUACGCCGACGGCAGAGUUCGCGUCGUGUUCAACGAUCGAACGCAGCUGAAUCUGAGCAAGGACAGGUCCAUGGUGCGGAUGCUGACGCCCGACGUGGAGAAGGUUGAGGUUCGCGUGGACGAUCCCGGGGAGUGGAGCAAACACGUCAUCGCCGCUUUGGAGUUUGCGGGCUGGGCCUAUCUCACCCCGGAGGAGAGGGAGGCCGCGGCAGAGGCCAAAAUCGCCAUGGUCGACAGAAUCCAAGCCGAGAUUGACCGGAACCGUCGAAUGGUCUCGAUCAUCUCAGGCAAACCCGGGAAGGACUGUUACAACGAUGAAGAGCUGAACGAGCUCGCCGUCAAGGCCGCGAAGUCGGGGAUGGCGACCGAGUUUAACACGCGCGUCGCGAGGUUGGCCGCGGCUCGCGCGGUUCCGAAGCGAUCGGUGGGCUUCAACGGCGAACCGAUCGAAAUGCCCGACUCGGUUCGAAUGAGCCUCUCCGAGGACGCGUCGGUGGCUGUGGAGCCAGAGCCGCUCGCUGAACUGGUUGCGUCGGUUGCGACCAAGAUUCCACCCUCACCGCUUGCUGACCCGUUUGCGACAAAGGUUCCACCCUCACCGCCCAUGUCUGUCGAGGAGAUGCUCGCGCGCACGUCGCGGUGGCUGGAGGAGGUGAAACACGUGAGUAUCGUGGAUGAGAAGGAGAAGCAGUCCCCGUCUUCGGUGUUGGACAGCGCUGCCGACUAUCCCGACAUGACGGACGAGGAUUGGUCGGAACGGACCCGAAAGCGCCUCGAGCUGGUCAAAAACUCCAUCGAGAUGAACAACAAGUGGUUGAGAGAGUCGAUGGAGCUUCGCGAGUCAUGGCGUGAGUCCGAAUCCGGAGAUGGAGUCGAGACUCCGCCCGCGACGGCUGAUGAAGAUCAGCCGUCCGCGCAGGAGGAGACUGUGGAGAAGGCUGAACCGGCACCACCAGUCCCGAAGGUUGAGGCUGAGGAAGCACCCGCUCCGGAGGUUGAGUCUGAACCGGCACCACCAGGCCCGGAGGUUGAGGCUGAACCGGCACCACCAGUCCCGGAGGUUGAGGCUGAGGCUGAGGAUGCACCGGCUACGGAGGUUGAGCAGGAUAAGGUGGAGGAAGCCGUCGCCCCCGAUGUCGAGGAGAAGAAUAAGGAGGAUAUCGACAAGAAGCAGGGGAAGACGAAGAAGAAGAAGAAGAAGAAGGGCAAGUGA